CUAGUGACCUCAGCAUGGCAGUCCCGCCUACGUCCCUUCGCUGGGUUGUGGACUUGGAUGCUGAAAUGGCGGGAGGGCUUUUCCAGCGGCACCUGGCGCUACUUCCGACCCCGGAGCGGCAACAAGUGCUGGAGUUCCUGCAGCCCGCCGACCAGUGCCGCGCGCUAGCCAGUCGCAUCAUGCAGCGCUGUGCCGUCACUGCGGCGCUGGGCGUGGCGUGGCCAGAGGUGGCGCUGGCGCGCACCAAGGGCCGCAAGCCGUUCACCACCAACGCCAAGCCGCCGCACGCCCCCAACUUCAACUUCAACGUUUCCCACGAGGGGCGGUACGUCGUGCUGGCUGCGGAGCCGCUGGCGCUGGUGGGUGUGGACGUGGCGGCGCCGCGAUCGGCGCGGCCGGGGCCGGCGGCGGCGCGGCCGCUGGACCAGCACCUGCGCAUCUUCCGACCGCAGCUGGCGGACAGCGAGUGGGCGCUGUUGGAGGGACUGGCCGGAAGUGCGCAGCGGCAGGAGGCGGCGUUCCAGAGCCUGUGGAGCCUGAAGGAGGCGUUCAUCAAGGCCCGCGGCGACGGCCUGGGCUUUUCGCCGCUGAGCCGAGCGGCCUUCGAGCUGCCGCAGCCUGGCGACUGCAGUGGGGAUUCCGUAACGCAGCCAUCGGCGGCACCCACAGUCCCCGACGCCCCCAGCACAGUGCGGUCGGCCACGCUCGUGCUGGACGGCGUACGGCAGCUUAGGUGGCGCUUCGAGCUGCACAUGCUUCCCGGACACCACUGUGCGGCGGUGGCGCUGGGUCCGGCCGCCGAGGCAGUCGACGAGUGGGGGGUCUUCAAGGCAACACUGGGGUUUCCAGGGUAUGCGCCCGGCCACACCGCAUCAAGCGGCGCCUGCCCCACGUUCCAGGCCCUCUCAUUACGUCAGUUGUUAAUGCAGGCGGGCGUGGCGGAGGGGUAACUCCAGACCGGCAGGCAGACAGCUGGGACGCUAAUGGCGCCGUGUAAAGGGUCGUGGCA